AUCGAACUGGACAAGUGAAAACAUUUGAUGAAAUUUAAUAAAAAAUAAACAAAAUUGUAGAAAAUGUUAAAAUUAACUAAAAAACAAUAUAUUAAAUUACUUUUAAUCUACACAUGGCUUGCAUUGGCAGCGGUUUUCUGCUACAAUUUUAAAAAAAUUAUGGGAGCACCGAGAAAACGGCCCUUUCAGUGUAAUGAUGAAAACCUAAGUAAACCGUUUAUUCUAAUGGAUACAGUGCCUCCCAAACAACUGUACAUAUUGGGAGUCUAUUUUCCCAUAGCCUUGAUAGCAAGCUGUGAAUUAUUUUGCUGCUGGACAGCAAAAAGUUCCUUACAUAGUUCUCGAUGGAUUCUGAAGUAUGUGCUGAAAAGCAGCGUUGUACUGACCUUAUUUUUUAUCGGUUUAUCGGUGGAACGUCUCUUCAAAAACAUGGGUAAACUAAAAAUGGCCCGCUUGAGACCGAACUUCAUAACGGUGUGUGAACCCAUGAAUGCAGAUGGUUACACUUGUCAAGAGUUAGAUAAUACAGUAGUAAUGGAAGACUAUCACUGCAGUUCAGACUCAUAUCCUUCGUGGGCGGUGAACAGUGCUUUCGUUUCUUUUCCCAGUGGCCAUACCAGUUUGACCGCCUAUUCUAUGUUAUUUAUAGUGGGUUAUUUACACUUACUGUGCGCCAGAUUAAAGCACGAGAAGAUAUUUUCCACUCUGUUGGUAUUAAUUGUACAAAUUUGGUGUCUUUUAAUGAUUUUGUUUGUGGGAGCAAGUCGUGUUUUGGAUUACCGACAUCAUUGGACAGAUGUUUUUGCCGGUUUUCUUGCAGGUUCCAGUGUGGCAGUUAUACUUUGUUGGUAUUUAAAGGGCCAACAGGAUAAUAUAGACAUGUGGUUAAAGGAUGUUAUAAAUGCUGAAGAAAUUAAGAGGAACCCAAAGGCUGCACAUGUUACUUCGGAAGACAAGGAGGCAUCGUUUGCUAUAGAGCUGGGCGGUGUGUAGUCGAACUAUAGAUUUAAUUAAUAAACCUUUAACGUUUUUAUUGGAUUUAUAAUUUGUGUUAAGUAGCCAGCAGUUGGCCAUAUUGUAAAUAGAUGCGUUUUCUUUAUUAAAACUUAAAUAAAAUUUUGUUUAAAUAGAAUAGUAA